UUCCCAGAAUUCAAGUCAAAAAUCUCUAAAAGUUUCUAUGGUCACCAUACACACAAAUCAGUGCAUUAGAGGGGAAACUGAGAAAUUGAGUAUCAAACGUUCAGGAUAUGUGCAAUGGCAGUCCAGCAAAAUCCAGAAGAAAACAAAGUCCUCCAGCUUGCUGACAAAUAUGACGAAGAUGAAGCUGAGAAAGACUUUCUACUUUCCAAACCAAUCUGUUUCCUUAUUGUUGGAAAACCGGGAGUGGGUAAAACUACACUUGGCAAGAAGUUAUCUCAGGCAUGGAAAUGUAUACUAAUUGAAGCCACAGAACUUUUACGUCUGCACAUAAGUGAAAGCACAGAAUUUGGAACUACGCUUCAAGAAAUGCUAAUUAAGGGUCAAAGUAUUACAGAAGAAAUAAUUACAAAGAUGAUCUUGGAUAAAAUAAAUUCAGCAGAAGCUGCUCACCUUGGUUAUGUUCUCUGUGGGCUUCCUUCUUUGUCUGAAGAAUAUUUGAAGAUUCCAGAACAAAUAGAGCUCUUGAAAAAUCUGAAGUUACAUUUUGAUUUUAUUAUAAAUAUUAAGUGCCCUGAUUAUGAUUUAUGUCAAAGACUCAGCGGUCAAAGACAACAUUUUGAAACUGGACGGAUUUAUCAGAGAGAUGAAUGGGACCCAGAACUUCUCCAGAAAAAACGGAAUAAGAUGAGAGGUGAAGAGGAAGAGGAGGAGGAGGAGGAGGAAGGAGAGGAAGAGCAAGACAUUGAAGGAGAAGAAGUAAUGAAAGGCAUUUUACCACGAUUACUAAGAAGACCUGAAGAUUUUCCUGAAAACACAGAAAACAAAGUUGUACUGUAUAAAGACACAGUCCUACGACAACUAGAGGACUUAAUGGCAGAUCACAAUCCACAGUACCUAAUUGAACUGAAUGGAAACAAGAGCCCCGAUGACCUCUUCAUUUCUGUGGUAUCCCGACUUGAAUCAAUGGGUUUACGCAGAGGAGCAAUACCAAUCAAACUGCAUUCUGCAGAGGAAGAGGCAAGCCCAGACAUGGAAACUGAGGAACUUUUCCGAAGAUUUUCUUCAGCAAAGCAAAUAGCUCCCAGAUAUAGAUGGCGCAGGAGUAAGUGGGGCCGGGCAUGCCCUGUUGCUUUAAAAAACGGCAACUUCAUGAUGGGGAAACCAGAGUUCUGUGUCAGCUUUUUGGAUAAAAUGUAUGUGCUUUCAUCUCAAGAAGCACAGCAAAAGUUUUUAAUGAACCCUCGUCAAUUCCUUCUCCCUCCAAUGCCACGCCCAACUUGUAAAAUUGUGGUGCUUGGACCCAUAUCUUCAGGAAAAUCAACACUUUGCAGUCUGAUUGCACAUAAAUAUGGGGGAAAGGUGGUGGAUGUAUCAAAACUUCUUCAACCACUCCUGGAUGAAGCAAAGCAGAGAAUCAUUGAGAAAGUGCAGUCUGAAACAACAGUCUCUGCAAUCAAUGCAGUGAAAUACAAACUACAACAGGAAAUGCUACAGAGGGAGCAAGAUGAAGCAGAAGCACAAGUGACGAAGCAAACAGAUAUAGAACAUGAUAAAAUCUCUUCUGCAAAAUAUGAAGAAGAAGAAGGUGAAUCACAGUCAGAUUUAACUCCUAGCCAUGAAAAUACAGAUGAAAAAGAAGAUGUGGAAAAACAGAAAGAUGAAAAUAAAGACCAGGAGAAUACCUUUUCAGAGAUUGGGAGUACAGAAGUUACCAGAGUAAAGUCAGUAAUGCCAGAGGUGACUGAAUACCACCCAGAAGUGCAAGCUAUGAUAGCGGAAGCUGUUAAGAGUGUGCUACAGGUCCCUAUCACACUACCUCCUGAUGUGUGCAUUGAAGAGCUAAAGAAAACUCUUGAGAUCCAUCGACAGCAUUAUGAAGAAAAUAGCGAUGGUCCUACUGAAGGAGGAUGGAUACUGGAUAAUUUUCCAAAAAAUCUGGAACAGUGGACAGUCCUGGUAGAAAGAGGAAUUGUCCCUGAUAUGCUCAUUUCAUUAAAAGAUACAGCAAAUGAAGGUAACUUUCUCCUGGGAAGGCUGUAUAAGCUGAAUAAAGAAGAAAUCAAUGGUCAGAUUUUACAAAGGCUGCAAAAGGAACGUUCAAGAAAGAAACAAGAGGCAGAGGAAGCAGCAAGACAAGCAGGACCAGAAGUCAUAACGAGCCCAGAAGUGAAGCAAGAUGAAACACAAAAGAGUCAGCAAAAUUUGGAAUCAGCUGAAGAACAACAUGAAGGCACAAAAUUACAAAAGAGUCAUUCAAAGCUUGAAUCAACUAAAGAACAUCAUGAAGGCACUGAAACAACAGAAGCGCAGACACCAUCUGAAACACAGCCACAAGUACUGGCGGCACAAGCACUUCCUGAUAAUCAGCCCCAGGCUGAACAGUUACUUGCAGCUGAACCAGGCACUGAAACAAUGGAAGUGCAGACACCAUCUGAAACACAGCCACAAGUACUGGCGGCACAAGCACUUCCUGAUAAUCAGCCCCAGUCUGAACAGUUACUUGCAGCUGAACCAGACAUUAUAUUGCCACAAGUUACAGAAGGACAGUUCCCAGAAGGUCCAGAGAUUGACCUUUUACGGCAAAAGAUUAAUACCUUCAAACAAGAGGAGCAACUGACUGAGUCAGCAGUUAAAGAGUAUUAUCCAUUUAUACAGAUCACCAGUUUGGAGAUAGCUGAUAAAACACCAGAGGAUUUGCUUCAUCUGACAGUUCAGGCUAUGGAGAGACCAUUCAAGUACCAUGGGUGGGAAAUGUCAGGAACAGAUCUGGAUGAAGAACUGGAGGAUGUACAAGCUGAAGCUGAAGCAGAAGAACAAGAAGAAGAAGAAGAAGAGGAGGAAGGAAAAGAGGAAGAGGUAAAAUCAAAGAAGAGGCAGAUGGGAGACACUAAACAUUUCUGUCCAGUGGCUUUGAAAGAAAAUUAUGUUCUGUUUCCAGGAAACCUUGAAUAUGCUGCAAAAUAUCGUGAGAAGGUUUACUACUGCUCUUCAUCUAAUGCCAGAGAUAAAUUCUUGGAAAAUCCUGAGAAUUAUAUUGCUCACAACGAAUCACUUAAAGCCCCACCUCUAAGAGCAUUCAUACUUGGUGCCCACGGAGCUGGUAAAACAACUCAUGGCCGCUGGCUUGCUGAUAAAUUGGGCAUCUUUCACAUACAGUUCAAAGAGUGUCUGCAAGAAAUAAUCAUUCCUAAAACUAAGAAGAAGAUUGGGCCUGAAUAUGAGGAAGAAACUGAAACAGAAGAACUGCCAGAUAUAGAAUCAUUACUAUCCGAAGAGGAAGGAAAAUCUGAGCAGUUGAGGAACACAGACACUAAAGGUGAAAAUGAAGCUGUAACUUCUCAAGCAGAAACAACACAGGAAGAAGUCACAUUCACAGAAGAAGAGGAGAUGGUCAAAAGUUACCUUACAGAUGGGGAGUCCUUGGCACCUGAAGUGUUGGAUACUCUUAUUCCCAAAUGGUGGACAGCAGAGCCCUUCAGAUCACAAGGUUUCAUAUUGGAAGGCUUUCCACAAAGAGAAGAAGAGGUGGAGUACCUGGCAGAACGUGGAUUAUUCCCUGACAUUGCUUUGCUUCUGGUUGUUGAAGAGAAUGAUAUUUCAGAUCGUCUUCUUCCACCACGUUUAGCAAAAUGGAGGGAAAAACACAAUCGAAAGCUAGAACUGAAGAAGAGGAUAAAAGAACUGAAAACAAAGAAAAGAGAAGAGCAGAUUUCUAAGAGAAGAGCAGAGCUUUUGGCAGAGCAAGCUGAGAAAAUGGCACAGAAGGCUGGAGAUGAAGGUACACAGCUUGAACAAGAUGAAGAUGAAGAUAUUGAAGCAGAAGAAUUUAACAUUGAAGAUAUUCUUGCUGAAGAAUUUCCAGAAGAAGAAGAAGAGGAAGAAGAGGAAGAAGAACAAGAGGAGGAUGCUGUCAGUCGCUUGAGAAGUGUGAUAGGGGAGAAGUUUGAAACAGAACUGAUCAGCAUGCAAGUUGUCCAAGAGCAGCUUGGGAAUCUACUUGUACCAUGUAUUGAAAUAAACAGUGGGAGAAAACCUCACAUUGUACGCUUUCAGUUGUAUAAGAAGCUACAGAACUUCACUGAAAAUCGAGAGAGCAUUUUUGAAAAAUGUUACACCAUCAACUACGGACUUGCUCGCAGAAUGUUACAGCUUUCCUAUAAGCAUCCCAGCAUAUUUGGCUUUUGGGAUCCAGUCCAGCUGACCGAAGGAGAAGUGAUUCAGCCAUUAUAUGGACCACAUAACCCUAGUUAUCCUGUUAUCCACCGCCAGUACAUUUAUUUCUUUGCAAACAAAGAAAACAGAGAAAAAUUCAUGGCCCACCCAAUUAAAUAUAUCCAGCAGCCAAAACCUAAGCCUGCAGUGCCCAUCAAGAUUGCUAUUAUAGGACCCCCAAAAUCAGGAAAAAGUUCAGUGGCUAAGAAUUUUGCUAGUGAGUAUGGCUUGCAACGCAUAUCAAUUGGGGAGGCUAUACGUUCCAUUCUGACCACUCAGGAGCAAAGUGAACUGGCCAUUCAAAUAAAUAAGCUUCUCACGAAGGGGCAGGCAGUACCAGAUGAAUUGGCUAUUCAGUGUUUGGAAGUAAUGAUGUUAGACUUGAUCUGCAAUACCAGGGGGUUUGUCCUUGAUGGAUACCCUGUGACUAGAAGACAAGUAGAGCUCUUGGAGGCACGCAGUAUAAUCCCUGUAAAGAUUAUAGAGUUACAAAUAGACACAAAAGAAAGUCUAAAAAGAGGACUGCUGGAUAGAAAACAUAAUCCCAGACCAUAUCCCGUACAUGACAGUUCUCAGAUUCUAACUAUUCGAAGCUUAUGUUACAAGCAAGAAAUUGAGAUUAUUCGAGACUACUAUCAGAAACAGCAUCAGAACUGGUGCAUCCUAGAUGGAUACUGCAGCAAAUGGUGGAUAUGGGACAGAGUGGUAAAGGAGGCAAGAGACACAGUCCGAAAAAUUCAGAACUAUCUGGAGAAAAUAGGACAAGGUAAAGCAGCCUGCAUUGCUGAUCUAUGUAUCACACCACAAGAGCUGCAGUCCCGCCUGGGUGAGUUUGGAGAAUACUGUCCUGUAAGCCUUGCACUCUAUGAAGAGUUGGUUGAUUGUUCUUUAACUUCAUCAUUAGAGUUUGCUGCAGAAUUCCGAGGCCACUACUAUAAAAUGGCAUCUCAGGAAAACCUGAAGAAAUUCCUUGCUACACCAGACAUAUUUGUGCUGCCACUGGCUCUACAUCCUCUCCCUCCUCCUCAUAUGCUGCCAAAGAAAUUGAGUGCCACUGAUGUGAAAGCCAGAUUCCCUAAACAGGCAGAGAUGAUGGGUUACUGCUCUGUCACUUACCUUGAUGGAAAACAAAGAUAUGAAGCCCUGGUGCCUGGAAUGACUGAGCAUGCAGCAGAAUACAGAGAUAAAAUAUUUAUAUUUGAAAGUGAAGAAAAGCUUGAUAAAUUUAUGAGGAAACCAGCAAAAUACUGGAAUCAAAAGCUUCCACACAAAGUACCUCCUAAGAAGGAACCAGUGCUUCUUACCUCACUUCCAAUGCUUGGAUACCUAGAACAGGGUGUUGCAACUGCAGUAAUUAAAGCACUUACUGCUGUAGGCUGCUUAAAACCAAAAUAUCCUUUCCUGAGCAUAAAGAGAUCUGCUCUUCUUUAUAUGGCCUUUUAUCUAAAAGCUUAUAAUCCUAAGAAUUCUGAAUAUGUACGUAAGAAGUACAAAAAGAAGUUGGAACAAUAUGAAGAGUAUUGUGAACUGAUUACCUACCUGGGAUCAAAAAUGACCCGGAAGUAUAAGGAGCCACAAGAGAGACCUAUUGACUUUGAUCAUAAACUGAAGACUUUCCUUGCUCUUAAAGAUAUAGAGCCAACAUCCACUUGGGUUACUUAAACCUUAGCAUACUAGAAACAUAUCUUAUUUUGCUAACUUUCAAGCAACAUAUUUGAUACUGUACUUGCUGUAUUCUUGUACAUCAUUUAUUUAAUAUAAGUACUUUAGUUUCCCCAAGACUUUGUGAUAAAUGCACUGGCUUUGUUCUGCUUAGAAUAAACAUAUUAAUUAUAUUUGUAAGUAUGUUAUAUAUGUUGAUAUAUGGUUUAACAAUAAAAGCAUGGAUGUACUUUAA